CUAAUUUAUUCAGUGAGGCAGAUCUUGCCAUAAUGCCAUUCUGGACUGAAAGUUUUGAAUUAGCAGCACUUGGAGCCCUAUCUGUUGGUUUGCCAAUGCUUGUCAGAGGUUCUUCAGGAUUUGGGAAGGUUCUAAAAGAAGUUCCCUUAGGCCCUCAGUGUGUAGUUGACUCUGAUGAUCCUAAAGACUGGACCAAGGAAAUUAGAGCAAUACAACAAAAACCCAGGGUAGUACGACUUAAAGAGAUGAAACUUAUCCGUGAAAACUACUCGGAGAAAUACAACAUGGAGGAAUCCUCUGGAAGACUUUUGAAAAAGAUGCUUGAGUUGGUGUCAGGUACAAGUUCUCUUUUUUAAAUUAAGUUACAAGUUUAAUAAUUUUAUUAUUGAUUGAAUUUACAUGACUGUUGCCUUCUCCAUUUACUAAUAGUAGGUUCAUUAUGAUGCACAAUAGGUUAGCUCCUGAAUUUUAUUUUUUAGUUAAUUUUGGAUGUUCAAAGGACAGAGCAAUCAAUUGUCAGCUAGUAUUCUCUGCAUAUAUGAGUUUUUAAGUUUGACUCUUAUUAGCUUAGAAUUAGCUUGUUGUGGUUCUGACUUAUUCUACAGGAUAUUAUGAGAUAACUUGGUUUAGUCCUAUAAUUUCUUGCAGAUGAGCCUUAACAAUUCUCAGACUUUGUUUUCAUAUCACACUUAAUAAUUUUCCAAAGUAGGAUUGAGAAGAAAAAUGCAAAUUGUUUUGCACAAUGAUAUAAAGCAAUUCUUUUGUGUCUUUUAGUGAAGGCGUAGAGAUUUUAGCAUGGUGGUAAUUUCUUACAUUAUUUUUCAAUCAGAGUUGAUUUUAAACAAAACAUAAUGCAGCAUCAAUAGUUAGCUUUAGCUUUAUCCUUGAAUUUUGAAAUUAUAACAGGAUGCUGGGGAUGACAACUGGUCAACAUCCCUCUCUCAUUUGAAGGCAAGGAACUCUACUCUUAGAAAGAGUUAUUCUGGUUAGUUCAAUAUUCUCCAACAACAUUUUAUGGGGUCAAAUUACAGGUAGAUCUAAAAGCAGAUUAAAGUCAAGGCGAUCUUCAGCUAAAAGGUCAUCACCUGGUGUUCAUGAGUUCACUGCCAAGAAACAUAAGGGAGAGUCAAUGACUUUGCCAUCAACAUCCACUAAGGAAACAACCCACCAUAAAGAGUGGCUGCAACAAAGGGAGAGAGAAUCAAUGCUGAUUGAAGAAGAUGGUAAGUUUAAGAAUGAAUACUUAACUAAGUGAAUUUUUUAAUGAAGGAAAAGGGAGUUUCAAUGUCUCAUACUGUCAACACUACUCAUGUUAAACUUAAGUAAAUUUACAAUUGUAGAGAUUUGGCCCCUUUGUCUGGAUUAGCUGAGACAAACUUUUUACAAGGGGAAAAUACAAGCUGGUGUUAGAAAAUUUGAGUUUCACUAUGUUUGUAUGCUUGUUUUAUUAAAAAUAUUUAGUUCCCAUGGAGGGAGUGAUGUCCCAGUUGGUAAAUGUUAAGAUGGAA